AUGCCCCAUUCUGUGUCUCCAAAGGCCGAUAGCCACAACGAUACCAACAACGCCGCUGAAGCAAUUAUGGCAGAUGCUCCCAUCCCGAACGAUAACAGUCAGCAGAAUGCGGACAACGAUGUCGCAAUGACAGAAGCCAAUGCCGCUGAUGUCCCCGCCACUGAUGGGGAAGAGAAGAAGGAAGUGAAAUUGGAGGACUUGUUCGCAGAUGCUGCAGAUGCUGAAUCCGACGAAGAGUUUCCUAGUUCACGACCAGUGAAAGAUUAUUUCUCGAGUUCCCCCGAGGCUCCAGAUCUACCCAGUGAAGCACCGGCGCCAGCAGCCUCGUCGAAUCCCGAACUUUUACGCAUAUUUUACCAGCGCUUCUUUCCCUGGCGCUACCUCUUCCAGUGGCUCAACCAUAGCCCAGUUACUACAAACACCAAUGAUUUCGUCCACCGCGAAUUUGCCUUCACGCUGCAGUUUGAGGCGCAGGCAAAAGAAGUCUACCAACGUUACCAAUCAUACACUGGUGCCGACACACUCCGCAAAGAUGUUGUCCGGUUACUGCCCACCCGUUUCGAAAUCGGCCCCGUGUACAGCACAAAUCCUCGGGAGCGCAAGAUGCUGCGGAACACAAGCGCGUUCAAGCCGCUAGCGAAGGAACUGUGCUUCGAUAUCGAUUUGACUGACUACGAUGAUAUUCGGACAUGCUGCGACAAGGCCAAUAUCUGCAAUCUCUGCUGGCAAUUCAUGACGAUGGCGAUUAAAGUCUUGGAUGUGGCACUACGUGAAGAUUUCGGCUUUAAGCAUAUUCUGUGGGUGUAUUCUGGUCGAAGAGGAGCCCACGCUUGGGUAUGUGAUAAAAAGGCGCGCUCGAUGGAUGAUCAAAAGCGUAGGGCUAUUGCAGGAUACCUUGAAGUCAUUCGCGGUGGCGCACAGAGUGGGAAGAAAGUUAAUCUGUGGAGGCCGUUACAUCCUCAUUUAAGCCGAAGCCUAGAAAUCCUAGCGCCACAUUUCCAAACAGACGUUCUCGAAGCGCAAGACCCUUGGUCUUCAUCUGAGCGUGCUGAACAUCUGCUCUCGCUUCUACCAAACAAGGCACUCAACGAUAGCUUACGCAAGAAAUGGGACUCGUCGCCAGGUCGCUCGAGUACCUCCAAGUGGGCUGAUAUCGACUCGCUGGCUAAGUCCGGUGCCAGUAAAAACCUGGAUACCAAAGCGUUGCUCGAAGCUAAGCAGGAUGUCGUCCUCGAGUACACAUAUCCACGCCUCGAUAUUGAGGUUAGCAAGAAACUGAAUCAUUUGCUGAAGUCGCCGUUCGUUGUGCAUCCCGGUACGGGAAGGGUGUGUGUGCCUAUUGACACGAGGAAGUUGGAGGAUUUUGAUCCCCUGAGCGUGCCCACAGUGCAGGGCCUGGCGGACGAGAUUGACUCAUUUUCCAAUAUUAAGAACGAGGAUCAUGAAGGAGGUGUCGCCGGAGAGGAGAAAGGGAAGAAUCUGCAGGACUGGGAGAAGACGAGCCUGAAGCCAUACGUCGAUUACUUCCGUAACUUCGUGGUGGCUCUUAUGAGGGAUGAAAAGGAACCCAAGGUUAAGCGCGAAAGGGAAGAGGGAGAGAGUAUGGAGUUUUGA